AUGGAACCUUCUAAUGGUCAUCAAUCGUUAAACAAUGUUAGUUAUGAAACAGCUUUUAUUCGUAAAGACAAUCGAGAUAUAAAACAUCUUUCUCAAGAUAAAAAUAUUAAACAAACAAGAAGUUUAUCAAUAGUAUCAAUGCUAGAUAAUGAAAAAACAAAAAACAGGUCAGGUAAAUAUCGAUUAUCAUUAGCUCCAACCAGUGAAGAAAAAUUUGAAGCUUUGAAAUUGUCAAGACAAUACAAUAUAAAAUCGAAUAAUGAUAAUAAUUUAUCGACGUUCGAAGAAUUGAAAACUGGAUGCAAUAACAAUGAUCAUCAAGUUGAAGAAUCUUUUUCAAAAUUGAAGAUUGAUAAAAGUAACAGUAAUGAAAGUCUAGAAGAAAACAAAGACAACACUUCUGAAAAGACUAAUCAAACAGAAAAUAAUAUUAAUGAAACAAUUGAAGAAGAGAUUAAUUUAUCAGAAGAUACAAAUGAAAAAGAUAUUUCUUUGGAAGAGAAACUUGCAGAUAAUCAUGAAUUAGAAAUCAUUGGCAUAAUGAAUUUAUCUUCAAUGAAUUUGACCGAUAAUGAUAUGCUAUUGGUCAUACAACGAGCUUUUUAUGAUAAUAAAACAAAAUGUAUUGGCCUUAUCUUGCGUGAUAACGCCCUGACAUCAAUUGGUGUGAAAAUUCUCGUUGAUGCAAUAAUUUCAUCACGAACUAAAUUAAAAUAUCUUAGCUUUUCGAACAAUCCAAAUAUAGGAGAUGAAGGAAUAGAACAUUUGAUUCGUUUAUUACAAAAAAAUCGUUCGAUUACUUUUUUGGCCAUACCUAAUACGGGUAUGACAGAUCAUGGUGUUCGAUUACUAGCCGAUGUACUUUGUCCUGUUGAUACUGAUUCAAUUUGUCCACCUCUUGAAAAACUUCAUAUAUCAUUCAAUAAAUCGAUAACUGAUCAAUCAAUUGAAGCUCUUAUUCAAAUAAUUGAACAAAAUCAAACACUGAAAUUACUUUCUUUGCAACAUUGUAGUUUGUCUGACAAAGUUCGACGACAAUUGAAAAAACUAGUUACAAAAAAGAAGAAAAAGAAAUUUAGUUUUUCCGAGUGA